AUGGACCAGUCACAUUCGAAUGAAGCGGCCCCGCGCAAGCGACGUCGUGCUAGGGUCGCGUGCGAGCCAUGUCGCCUGCGUAAGCGCAAGUGCGACAGCCGACAGCCAUGCUAUACGUGUGUGGAAUUCGAGUACGAGUGCUACUAUGCGCCGCUCAAGUCGAAAGCCAAGAGUGCUCCAGGCGUAGCCCAGCAGCAAGAGUCCCAACUUGCAGGCUCUCCUGUCAGCAGUGAGCCUGCUCCAUUAGCUGGCGCUGCUGCCGCCACUGGUGCUCCCACUGGCAGAAAUGACAAUCAGGAUAGCCAAGAAACUGCAACAGAGAAAGCCUAUGGAUCAUCUGCGGCCAAUGCCCGGACCCAUAUGCAGUCGCUAGAGGCCAACUCUGGUGCCGCGUUCGUGAGACGGCUGGGCUUGAAGAUCGAUCCAUAUAAUGCGCCGCAGCUGCAUCUGUUUGCUUGGAAUGCCGGAGAGCGACUGGCAGGAUGUGCGCCUGGAAUAGCAAGCCGAGUGACUACGAUACUUCCCCAAGCCCAGAUGCGGAGUCUGGCAUUGGUCUUCUUUGAGAAAGUGGCCAUUGGAUACGGGUUCAUCGACCGCGAUGUCUUCUUCGAGCGCCUAGGCACAAGAUGGCAGACCCCUGAAAUGCCAGACUCGUACGACUGCGUUCUGUGCGGGGUUGCAGCUCUCGGCCUGCAUUUCUCCCAGCGAGUGCCUCCUGUGUACGAACCUGAUCUGGUCGAGACGGCAAAAACGCUGCUUGAGCAAGGCUCCUUGGUGACACCGCCGUCUAUCAAUAUAGUCACCGGAUGGGUGCUGCGCGUUGCGUACCUACGAAUGACCUCGUUGCCUCACGCCGCCUGGCUGGCUAGCUGCUCAUUAAUGCACGUUGCCGAAUCCGCAAACAUUCAUCUUGAAGCUCCCUCGCAUACGGUCUUUGACGGGUCGUCCGAGGUGAUCGACCUUGAUAUCCGCCGGCGGCUCUGGGGUAUGGCCCAGCAUCUUAAUAUUUGGGCCUCGUUCGACCUUGGCCGGACCAAGAUCACUCUUCCCGGAGCAACCACCAAACCAGUUUCCCCUAAAGCGGGCGACUACACAUCCCAGCUGUUGGGGUUCAUCCCUCUGACAGAGCCUCUCCACCCCAAUAAGUCUAGAUCGGUCGAGGAGUUGGAGGCUGACAUGAAGCGUGUGCUAGACGAUGUGCUCGAGGCACCGCCCGUCGUCAUGGCGCAGGUCAACCUCAUGCUCUGUAUUUUCCGGCGGCUGCGGGCUGAAAAAUCCAACAUGAUCAACAUGCGCAUGGAGCGUAUACUGGAAUUGGCCAUGAAAGGUCUGCGGGCGGCCGAGAAUAUGGUUGCCAGCAACAGUCCCUGGCAUCAUUCCGCCAACGUGCCGUUCCAGGUGGUCUGUCUACUGCUUGCUAUUGAUAGUCGAGCUUCGCUCGCCUUGCUCCCAGAUGCAAUGAACGUGCUGCAAGAAGUGACAAAUGCAUGGAACAGUGCUGUCAUGCGCGAGGCCUACAACACUGCCUAUCUGUUCAUUCUCCUGCAUCAGCGGCGUAAAGAAGAAGACGCAAAGACGCUACGCAACGUUCUCGGAAUGCACUCGACGGCGCCAGCUGUGACGACCGCCGACGACUCGACGAUGCAGUUUGUUGGCGUGGGGGACUUCCGACAACCGGCGACAGAUUCGGUCGAGUUCUCGUGGCUUGAGGAUCUCAUCUCCGACAUGCCCAGUUUGAGGGAAUUCGAUCUGGAGCAGUUUCUCGUGCAGGACGCGAUGCAGCAACAGGAUCUGGGAAUGGACAGUAGCGGUAACUAUACGCUGCUGUAA